AAUCUAGACGCGUUUGUGCAUGAACAGCGGUUCAAGCUCAUCUACCAAUGGCGGCAGCAGCGCGCGAGUAUCGAUUUGGCUUGCAGGACAGUUUGCGGGCCGGCACAGGAACGGUCCUCUUUACUGAAUCUGAGUAGGAGCUCGCGGUAUGGAUCAAUGAGCUGA